GAAGAUAGGAAAAAGAUUGUCACAAUAUUAUAUUUAAUGGCAGGAAUAUGCAAUAAGUAUGUUAAUAAUUUUAAAUUAGAACUUGCUUUGUAUCUUGUAGAAUCUGAAGUAACUUGCGAUGCAAUAAAUAUGUUAAGCAGCGCUGAAAUUUUAGUUACUCAUCAAACU